AUGAAGGCUGCACUGUAUCUGUACGCAUGUCAAACGCCCUACAAAUCUGCACCACUGCCAAUGAUUCUCUUCAGUGAUUUACUGUGGUAUGGUGAAAAGUUGCCAGAUCCAUACAGCGGCGGUUGCCCUGGAUGGCUGUCUUACUAUGUGGUCACAGCCCGAGAGGUACCGUUACAGUAGCAUUAGCCCCCCAGUAUCUUUCCUGGUGCUCUUGCUGCUUCUUACACCACGUACACAAAAUCUAGGGGCACUUCCUCAGAAGCAGUUUCGUGCUGCUUUAUCUUUCAAGUCCUAAGGUUGCUGACGGAAUAUCCUACUGGAAAUCUGUAGUGGUCAAGGUAUGGGAAAGCAGGCAGGCAGGUAUUCUGGCGACUGCAGUCUUCCAGCAGGGAAAGAAAAAACUACCCAGUGCCUAACAGCCCCCCCCCCCAAAAAUACCCAACCCUGAAGUGCUUUUGGGGAACCCAUGAAGCUAACUUCCAAGCAAAUACGCUUUUAUUACAUGGAGACUGAAGACGUAGCAAGAGACAAGCCUUGAUGUAACCAGGAGCCUUGCGCUCGUUACCUAUCUAUGUGUCAGCCCAAAAUCACUUCCCGGUUCCAUGCAAAUCACCGCCGCUUCCAUAUUUAAUGCCAUAAAGGUGGCUGCGAGGGAGAAAACCCACCCUUGGCACUGCUAAGGCGGUUAAAGGACACGAAGGAGGGACCCAUCUGUAUUAGGAGAUGGUUCUUAUGGCGGGAAGAGAGGGGCAGCAGCCAUCGCUUCCCUUCCCUGCGGUCCUAUUUGGGCGCAAUGAAUAAGCCCCCGGCUGCAUCAUUCGAACGUGGGGUCUGCGCACCAGGGAGCCGGCAAGGGGGUGGUGUUCCACCCGCGCAGACACGGGUCUUUCUCUUUCCUUUCCCCCUAACGUGUGAAGCCUCCCUUUGGGCCAGGCCGCAGGAUGGACCCUCUCCCUCCCUCCCACCCACCCACUCCACGAGGCGGCGCCUCAGCCACUACCUCCCGGUGCCAAAAAAGGGACGCUACGUACCGAGGGCCUGUGUUGCCGGAAACGGCAAGGGCUCGGCGGCUGCUUUAACUUCUCUCCUCCUUAAAGAGACAGGGCGCCCUUUAAGAGGCCCGAGCCGACCGGCGCGUCUCUCUGUCGCUCUCCUGUCCCCUCCCUUUAAAGAGAAAGCGAGCAGCGCCUCCAGUUGGCACCGGGCGCCUUAUAAAGGCCAGCAGAUUUGUAGCGGCAGGUGAGAUUAGGGGUGCGGAAGCUUGUGCCGCAAUAAAUGUAACCGUUAACCUUCCAAGCUGCAGCUCUGCCUUUUGCAGAGCUGCUUGUAAAGGACAAGCUGCAAUCCUAUGCAUGCUCCCUUGGGAGUAAGCUCCAAGGGCUGCCUGCCUGCAGGUUCUUGAACUGGUUACUCAUUCAAACAGCCUCUUUCCCUCCUUCUCGCACCAUGAUUUCAAGAACCCCGUUCUCUGCUCCGAUGGGCAGCGCAGCACCGCCUUCACACGACCCUCCUUAAUGAUCUCGCUAGGAAGAUUUCAGCCCCUGAAGGCGGAACAAACUGUUACAUCUUCCCUUAAAGUGAAGAAGAAACACUCCCUCCAAAAGAGAUGUGUGGGAACUGAGCAGGGCGACGCCGAUAAACAGGUUUGUUUUCUUCCCGGCAGCUCCUUCGUCUUUCACAAACAGGUUUGUUUUCUUCCCGGCAGCUCCUUUCGUCUUUCUCUGUUGUUCAGAGACGCAAUAGACCAAACUCUACCUGUUGCUUAAUCUUUAUGCUUGUUGGAUUGCCCAGCUGUUAAAAGUAAACAGAAGUCCUCCGCUGCCACACAGCCUCAAGCAUUCUGCUUUCAUAUGUGAAAUAGGAGCAGUCAGUGGCGUAGCGUGGGGGGUGCAGGGGGGGCCCGGCCGCACCGGGUGCAACAUCUGGGGGGGGGGCGCGCUCGCACUCGCAGCUCUCUGCCCCUACCUGGCUCACUCUCUCACUGCAGUGCUGGCUGUGCGAAUCCGAUCCGAGCCGCUGGGUCGCCGCCCACUGUGGAGGGGGUGGGUGCCAGGCGUGCGGUGCAGAGAGAGAGCGAGGGACUAUCUGGGGGAGGGACAGUGCAGCGGCCGCCCAGCGCAGCGCUGAGCGCGGGAGAGAACCACACCAGACCAGACCAGGCAGCAGCAAGAAGAAGCUGGCAGCGGCGGCAGGUUAGGGGUUAGGGGGCGCAAAUUACUUGCCUUGCCCCGGGUUAGGGGGCACAAAUUACUUGCCUUGCCCCGGGUGCUGACAACCCACGCUACGCCACUGGGAGCAGUGGCUGUUGUGAGAGCAAGUGCAGCAGCGUACAUGCACAAUACAAAUAGCAACAGGACAUUAAAGGGAGAUGGGAAUUAUCCAUACAGCUGAUAUGCACAAAGGCCACACUUACUUUUUAAAAGAUGUCAAGUGGUGGUGGGGAGGUCAGGAAUUCUGAUUUAAAAACAAACAAAAAAUUUAAUUCCUGUUCAUAUUCCUCAGUUCAAACAAAUUAGAUCAUUCUAAAAAGUGAUCCUGGUUCUGAAUCCUCCAGCAGUAAUAAUUGGUGCACCGAAAUACUAUUGGAACAAGUACAAACCCUACAGCACAGGAGAAGGGAUACACCCUUGAUUCCUGGAAACUGCAAAUUAUUUAUUCUGAUUAACAUUUCAGUUACCGUAACCUUUAGAAUGGCAGUUGGCAGUUGGUGAGCCAAUAGCAGAAGUCUUGCAUAUGCAUGUUCAAAAGCUAAGCUACUUCAUCUACUUUCCCCCUCUUUCCCCCUUUCUCUACUUUGCACAACACAGCAGUCUCUCAUUCUGGCAAGAUGUUCAAAAUCAGGACAUUGGUGCAAAAGUUCUGGAUUCUCUUUGAAGUGUGCUUCUUUACGGCUGUUGGUAAAAUCUGCUUGAUCUUAUUCCCAGCUACCGCGAAGAGAUAUAUUUUGAAACAAGGGGGAAAGAGCAGCAUGGCAAGAAACCCCAAUUUCGACUAUGAAAACUGGGGUCCAACUUUCUUCAGUUUCCAGUACUUACUCUUCGUCUUGAAAGUCAGAUGGCAAAGGCUAGAAGACGAAGUGUCUCAAGGCUGUCCUGCUCCCAACACCCCUCUAGUAGAUUUUAGAGGGGAAAUACGUCACAUACUGGACUUCAUGCAUGGUAAGUUGAAUAUUUUUAAAGGUCUCCUGGUAUUUAUGAACACAAACUGCCGUUUGGCAACUCAUUUCAAAACAUGGUUUCUGAUUCUGUACUGUUAGCUUAUCGUGAACCAUGGUUUGACAAUUUAGACACCACAUUAAACAAUAAUUAAGUGGGUGGGUGUGCAGCCUGAAUUGAACCAGAACAUAUUUAGAAAAUUGGGGAAGGUUACAAAAGGCACAAAACAACUCAGGCCAGAUAUAACUAUCUGGAAUUAACUGUGAACAAAUUGGGUGGUGAAAUGGCAAGGUCAUGUGCAUAUUAAUGACUUGAGAAGAACUUCAGUAAGUAAGCAGCAGAUCUCAGACUCUCUUCUCCCUGGUCAGAUCCAGACCAUACAUUCAAAGCACAUAACUUCCCUCAAAGAAUUAUGGGGACUGGUAAGGGUGUAAGGAAUUGUAGUUCUGGCAAGAGGGAGAAGAGAAAAUGACAGUUUCCGGUAUCCAUGUGCUUUGAAAAUGCAUUGAAUUUCUUUUAAGUACAUGAUGUGGGUCUAGAAAAGAGACAGUGAUUACUAAAGCUCCAGGUUGCCCAAAUGUACUGUCAGGACAAAGAACAAACACAAAACACACUUUGCUCUCUCUUACAACAUACUCUUCAAUCAUUAAGCUGCACUUUAUAAGUAACUGCAAAGUCUUUAAAAUGCACAGAAAAGUCAAAGCAUGCAUAUGCGCAUUCUCAAAACUUACACUGUAUGGUCUGUGCGUUCUUGGUUGUUGAGUAUGACUGAGGCAAAAUGUGUUUUGGAAUAAGAACCAAAGAAAGAUAUUUCAUAGACUGUCAUGAAAGGGUGAUACUGUUAUGUACAGUGGUACCUCGGGUUAAGUAUUUAAUUCAUUCCGGAGGUCCGUUCUUAACCUGAAACUUUUCUUAACCUGAAGCACCACUUUAGCCUAUGGGGCCUCCCGCUGCCACCGCGCCUCCGGAGCAUGAUUUCUGUUCUCAUCCUGAAGCAAAGUUCUUAACCCGAGGUACUAUUUCUGGGUUAGCAGAGUCUGUAACCUGAAGCGUAUGUAACCUGAAGCAUAUGUAACCCGAGGUACCACUGUACUGAAGUUCUCACCCUGGGCCAGCAGGGGGAUACUAUAGAUAGUUUUCACUCAGGUCCAUAUAUGCAAAUAAGGAAUUGAAAGUGACGGUCAGUGAUUGGAUAGUUACAGAAAGUUGUUACUGUUGCGUUGUAGUGGAGCUCUACAUAAGCAGGCUGGCUGAACCCUUCAGUUCAGUUCUGUUCUGGGCUGUGAAUAAACAAGAGCUGUUUGAAGAAUCACUGUGUCGUCUGAUAUGUUCACCCACAACUUAACAGAUACCAUGAAGAUCAUAAUGGCUAGCUAAGUCAGCAGAGCAUGAAACACUUAAUCUCAGGGUCAUGGGUUCAAGCCUCACAUUGGUGAAAAGAUUCCUGCAUUUCUGGGGCUGGACUAGAUGACCCUUGUGGUCCUUUCCAACUCUUCAGUUAUAUGAUUCUAUGAGGUUGUAGGUGGCCCAUUUGAGAUGCAGGAUAAAUGGAAGCACCCUUAGCAUACUGGAAAAUGUAUGUGUGGAAUCCGGCAUAGAGCUAAGGCAAUUGUUCCAUCUCCUUCUCGUCCCCUUCCCCCAUUAAAUGCAUUCUAUGAGUUUCCCUAACCCAAUGGAACAGAUUUGAGGAGGCUGCAGGGUGUGCACAGAGGAGCAGAGGAAGUCCCAUUGUGCAAGCAGAAAUCCUUGCUGUAAUGGGAUACAUUAGUAGAAUGCCAUCCUGCUUGUCUCCCAAGGUUUGAGUUCCCAUAGGAUCAAAUGUUAGAUGUCCUGCAUACAAGGAAUGUGGAAGAAUUAUUGACUGGUACUUUUUAAGGAAAACACUAUAAUUCUAGUUUCAUUACACUUUGAAGACUGCUUAUGUCUGUUGCAGGAACGAGGCCUUUGGUCUUGGCAUUUGGAAGCUGUACCUGA